AUGUGGGAAUGUGAAAUGUUGGAGGAGGAGAAGAUGGAGAGAGUGUGGGUCUAUGCUGCUUUGGCACUUUCAGACAUUUUAUUCAGGUCCCCAUAUGACUUGACUACCACUCCCUUUCUCUCUCUAGUAGCUCUUUAUUAUUAUUGUUUCACUAUAUUAAAAUAA